GAAGGGCAGUCGCUCCACCUCACCCACAGCGCGAGAGGGCGUGGCUAGCGCUGGGGGCGGGGCUAGGGGAAGAUCGCCCUAUGGGGCGGGGAAACGAGACUGGGCUGCGAGUUGAGGAUAGGGUUUCCCUUUGGGGGCGUGGCUUACGGGUCCUUGCUUUCCCGCCGACGGUUGGCCACGUCACGUGACAUGGGUUGGAAGAUGGCGUCUCCCACAGAUGGGACAGACCUGGAAGCAUCUUUGCUAAGUUUUGAAAAACUUGACCGCGCCUCACCAGACCUUUGGCCAGAACAGUUACCAGGCGUUGCUGAAUUUGCAGCUUCCUUCAAAAGUCCUAUUACCAGCUCUCCACCAAAAUGGAUGGCUGAAAUAGAACGUGAUGACAUCGACAUGUUGAAAGAACUGGGGAGCCUCACCACAGCUAAUUUGAUGGAGAAGGUACGAGGCCUACAGAACUUGGCCUAUCAGCUGGGGCUGGAUGAGUUAUAUCUUGGCUAUCUUUCCACUGCAAUACGGAUGGAUCUACCUCUUUGUUUCCCAGCUGCUGCACAGCAUUUCAUUGUAUGGAGCCAGAGAGAUGACACGGGGGAAAUUCCUCAACAUUCUAGAGAAGCCCAAGAAGUAGCAGCUGCUUGUGGACAGGAUGUCGUGGGGACUGGAACCAUGCUUCCCUCCCAGUGCAGCUCUGACGAUGCGCACCUCACUGCUUCCGGGUGAGAGGCCGGAGGGUGCACCUCCAGGACUGACCCUCUCCCCUGCUCCCGGCACUCCGCGCCUCUGAGGACAUUUGGCGGCAAGAGAAGAAUCUGCUCUACCCAAGGAUCAGUGCAAUUAUUCAAUCAGCUUCCAGACUUUGACCAUCUCAGCCUCGGAUGCUGGUAACACUAGAGGGCAUAUCGUUCUUCAAGGUCAAAGACCUGCUUUCUCAUUUCCAGAAGUGAUUCAGGAGCCCCAGGAUCUUACGGUUGUUUUGAUUCAGUAACGGCAAAGUCAGUUGGGACAUGUUGAUUGGAUGAGUUCUUUUGAGUUGUACUUGAUCUCUUAGGAAGUAUUUAUGAUGCAAGGAGACCAGAGACCAAGUAGAUUCUGGGACACGCCAUGUAGCCUGACCUGUGAAUUCUUCAGUGUAUACUAGGUUCAGAAUCCCCAGCUAGAGAAACCAGAAUCUUCUUAAAAUGUACACCUGCUUUUAAAAUUCUGUGCCUCUCAUGAUAGUCUGAUCCCCCAAUGCCUUCCAUUCCCCAACUCCCAGCCCCUGCCAUCAGUUCUGACUCCAGGAAGGGAUCCCUGUGUAUCAAGUCCCUCAUGGGAUUAGCUUGUAUAGUGAAGUGCCCGUGCAAGGUUGCAUUGGGUUCUAGACCUCAAGACCAAGUUAAAGGUGACAGAAAGGACUUUUGAGUCCUAAUUAAUCUGUUACAGAUUCAAGCAAGAAAGUCAGUAUAGCCUGAAAGAUAGGAGAAGGGGAUUGUUUGUAGGAGUUCCCAUUUGAUUAAAAACUAGAAACUCCGAUUGACCUUGGAGAAAUGUGCUAUGGAAGGGUGGCAAUGUUUUGCCCCGCUUUGUCCCCUCUCACGGCACAUAUCAGAUAUUUCACCCAUAUAACGGAAACACACACACACAAAAGAAAAAAAUAAUUUCCUGACUUAAAUACAACUGGUGUGGAGCUCUUUGCCAUUAUCUAUCUCUCUUAAAACCUGAAAAAUCUAGUCCGUGGGUAAAAUUGAUUACACAUGUUCUCCGUAUUUUGUCUUUAUAAGCCAGCCCACAGCUUCUAAUGUUUUGAGAAGUACAUGGGGUUUCUUAACUUUUAUGAAAAGAAUAUCCAUAUGGCAGUAGUCUGAUGGUAUUUCACACAAGGAAAAUUGUGGUCAAGUUUUUGGUUCUGAGUGUCUGUGCAAGGGCACAACACUAUUCAAUUUAAUAGCUGGUCCAUUAACCAUUUCUGACACUUGUGCCUUGUUUCCUGUGCUAAAAUUGUUUGAUUUUUCUUUCAUCUGUGCCAUUUGAUCAUCCAUACAAUUUUACAUAUUAAAAAGAAAAAAAAAUUUGAACACAAGACACAAAGGAUGAGUAUGAGAAGGCAAACAUUCUGUUUGGAUGCUGUAUAGAAGGUUAGGUUGUAGAGGCUUUGAUUUUAAGUUAAGCUUAUUAUUGACAUUCCUUUAUCUCUAAAUGCGGUUGAAGAGUGAGAGAGGGGGGUGGCGGGAUGGGGCGAAAAAUAGUGCCGUAAUGUCAAAUUCUUCCUUUGCUCUGUUUUUGAGAGUUGAUGACAUCGGGCACUUUCAAGUGCUUGGGGAUGUUGAGAAAUACAUGGAGAAUAUUGGGAUACCUCCCCAAAACCAACUCACGUCUGUAACCUGAAGCUAUGUAGUUGGUUUUCUGGUCUGCUUUGGCCUCUUUCUUUUACUGUCAUCUUAUUCACCAGCACUUAAUGUAAGUAGAUGUUUUAGAAUUGCAAUAUUUAUUGGUUUUGUAUUUGUCGUCCUUAGAAAUGUUAAUGAUGUAUUUUUAUAUUGAUAAUAUAGAUAUAUGUACAAUGUGUGUGUGUAUGUAUUUCAGGGUGUUAGAGGAUUGUACUUUGUAUGUGAUGGUUUCCGUGUUGUUGUAAUAAAUAUGUCCCUUUUAUAGGAGAGUGAGUUUUUCCUCAAAGGGUCAAGUUGCAUUUUUUAAAGCAUAGAUCAUGUCAAAAAACGCAACUAUAAUGACAAAUAUCCACUGUCUUCCCCUUAAUAAUCACAGUGGGUGAUGUAGAGCUUUGUGGUCAGCUACUACGUGGUCUCCUAGCUUCCAAUCUAUUCUACCAGCCAUCCAGCUCAUUACUGCUCAACUCCCUAAAAUACUACUUAAAUACCUUUAGUACCUCCCCAUGUCUAGCAAUAAAGUCUGGGUCUCUCAUCCUGGCAUUUAAAACUCUCUACAUGUAAUCCUAAUCAACCCUCCAGUUUGGUUUCCUUCCUCUCCAGUAUGUGACGUCUCUGUUCCAGUUAAUCUGAACAAUUCCCAGUUCCUGCUGGAGUGCCUUUGCUUAUACCAUUGAGUCCUUAGAAAGUCUUGCCUCUUUGUUGCACAUAUCAAACCUAUUCUUCUAUAAACUCCUGAUGAUCCAGCUGGAUAAUCCUUCCCCCUGCAUUCCUACAGCAUUUAUGUAUCCCAUCUUUAUGCCUCUUCCCACACUCUGCCUUAUAUUUAAGUGAUCUGAGUACAUAUCUCAUUGCCCUACUAAAUUAUAAGCCCCUCAAGGUUAUGGCUGUCUCCUCCGUUUCUAGUUCUUCUUCAGUGUCUUCUUUGAACUGAACUUGGGUUCAAAACCUAUCUGUUCGCAGACUUUCAGUUAAACAUGAUAGCUUGAAAACAGAUAUUUCUCUGCCACCUACUAAAACCCUUCGUGUGAGUUCCUUUUCACCUCUGUUCAAGAACUAGAGAAGAGGAAGUAUUACUCAGUACUGCUAUCACCCGUCGAUAGUUUACCUGCUCUAGACCAGAGCACACCCUUGUAGGGAAAAUGUUCCAUUUUAAGGAAAGCAAAUUGUUUGGCAUCAUUGGCUCGUCAUUGAUUUCCAAGAAAACCACCAAGUGGACGGUAGAUUUCUGUGCUCUAAAAAAGCAUGUCUGGCUGGCUGAAUAGGGACAGUGUUCUGAAUGCUCUGCUCUAACUCUUUAGAGAUUGUUUUUCUAAUAAAUAACUCCU